AUGUCCACCACCAUUCCACCUCCCAACCCAACACCAAACAACAACUACCCACAACAAGCAGGCACAAGAAGAACAAGACGCACAAGAAAACCAGCAAAUAACACUUCAACUAUUUCAGAUGACCAUCACCAACAUGUAGUGGUGGCUGAUACUACUUUAAAUUUAGCCAACACGGCUCCUCCACAGCCAAAGCGCACUCGUAAAAAGAAGGCCGAUAUUAAGAAGAGCAUGGUGAAUGCUAAUGCAUCAACAACAUUCAAAGCUGCAUUGAAUGUUGUUGUGCAACAUGCAUCUGCAUCAUCAAAUGUUGCUCACAAGCAGACUUCUGCAGGCACCACCACAACAGGUAAAACAACAUCUAAAAAUUCAAAUCGUAGGAAAAGAGCAAAGAAACAAGCAACUCCACAACAAUCAGAAUCAACUCCACCACCAUCUGUGUCCAAUAAUAAUAAUAAUAAUAAUAAUGGCACAAGUAUGAAUGGUCUCCUUUUGGAUGAGAAUAGAAAGAGAGAUAUUAUUCAUUUUGUCACAUCUACUUUGGAUGUGCCAAGAAAGAUGGAUACCAAGAAACUUCUCAAAAUGGUUCACAAAAGAUUCAAGUUGAAUUAUUCACAAUUGAGUCCUCAAAUGUUGGUUUAUCAAAUUUUACAUCCCACUUUAUUUUUCUAUCAGACCCUUGAAAAGGAAACUCUUGAGGGUGGUUCUGUAAAGAAGAUUUUCACUCUUCAUUAUGAUCCAGACAGAAUUUACAAAUUACCAAAUUUGAAGAAGAGAAAAUAUAGACAUGUUUGGAGAUUUAAUAAUGUCAAAUCUGGAAAGAGACCUUUGGGGGAUGGAAUGAAAUUCCAAAAACCAUUGGAAGCUUAUGAACUUCCUGAUAAGAUUAAGAAUGUUUUGGAUAAUAAGAAAAUAUUGGAAAAACAUGCAAUGAAUGCUCAACUCAAGAAUGAAUUGUCUGGUGAAUUGAAACAAGGAACAAAGGUUACUCAACAGGAACCAAAUGAACAUGUUUCUACUAAUGACAUGUACACAUACACUCAUAAUUUAUUAGGAACAUUAUUACAUGUUGAAGAGGCCCAAAUGAUUUAUGACAUUAAGCAAUACGACUUGUCAGGAAUUAAAUUGGAAAGCUAUGAGGAAAGAUACAGACAUGCUCCUAAUUCUAGAUUGUACAAAGUCUAUUGUGCAGGUCUUGCUGAAAAGAGACCAUCCGUAUUGAGAGGAGAUUUGAUUUUAUGUAGACCUCAUCACGAAACAAAGGCAAGAACUGUUCUUUUCAAAGGUUUCAUUCAUUAUGUCAAUUUAGAUCAUGUAGUUGUUUCAUUCCAUGAAAAUGUAGAAAAGUAUGAAAAGGUUGAUAUCAGUUUCAGAUUCUCAAGAACUCCAAUCAAGUUGAUGCAUAGAGCUCUCUCAAUGUUUUUUGGACCUCCUGGAACAGGUAAAACAUUCGUAGUAUCUCAAUGUAUCUUGGAAAUUAUGAAACAAGAUCCAAAUCACAAGAUUCUCAUAUGUGCUCCUUCCAAUCAAGCAGCUGAUAUUAUUGUGGAAAGACUGGUCGAUAGUAACUUGAAUCCAUUAGUGAAAAUGAUGAGAAUGAAUAGUGUUCAAAGAGAUCCAAAUACAUUCACAAAGAGGUGGAUUAUUAAAUUCUCAAACAAACUUGAUCAAGGUUUUGAAAUUCCAGAAUUACAUGAAAUCGCCAAAUAUGAUGUAAUUAUUUCAACAUGCACUUCAUCUGGUUAUUUGUACAGUAAGGGAGUUAAGCCAGGACACUUUUCUCAUAUUAUUAUUGAUGAAUCUGGUGAAUCUGUUAUUCCAGAAGCAUUAAUACCAUUCUCUUUGAAAGGUGACAAUACAGUUGUUGUGUUGGCAGGUGAUCCAAAACAACUUGGACCAAUUGUAAGAUCUCCUCUUGCUGUUGAAUAUGGAUUGGGCGAAUCCCUCUUGGAACAUUUAGUCAAGUUAGGAGAUAAUUGCUGUUCUAUUACUCAAUUACAACAAUCAUACAGAGCUCACCCUAAAAUAAUGCAAGUCUAUAGCUCUGUAUUUUAUAAUAAUUCCUUAAUUUCAUCAUGUACUGAUAUUAAUUCAGCAAAUCUCUUCAUUAACAAUCCAAUUUUGGAGAAUCCACAAGUUCCAAUGUUGUUUUACCACGUUAAGGGUGAUGAGAAACGUGAUAAUGACUCACCUUCAUGGUAUAAUUCCAAAGAAAUUCAAGUUUUAAUGGAUAAAUUGGAUGAAAUCGUAAAGUCUGGAUUGGUUUUCAACAGCAAACACAACCAAUAUAAUCCUGAACAUGAAAUUGGCAUCAUUACUCCAUACAGAAAACAAGCAGAAGAAAUCAAAAAAUUGUUGAGAAAAUCCACCAAUCCAUUGUACAAAAAAAUCUUUGUUGGAACUACUGAACAAUUCCAAGGUCAAGAAAGAAGAGUCAUCCUUUUGACAACUGUCAGAUCGAGUAGCACUGAAGGAUUGGAACAAGAUUCCAAAUUCAAGCUUGGUUUCCUACAAAAUCCAAAGAGAUUGAACGUGGCCAUUUCCAGAGCCAUAUCACUCAUGGUUAUUGUAGGCAAUGCAGAGUUAUUGAGUAUUGAUGAACAUUGGAAGAAGAUUAUUGAGAUUUACAGGAAUGAGAAGUGUUUCAUUGAGUACGAUAAAUUCACACCACCACCAUCUUCAUCAUCAGCAAGUAAAAGUGGUGGCAAAAGCAAAACUAAACAAUAUAAUACUGAAUCUCUGGAAAUUAAGAGAUAUGAAUAA